ACACCGAUAAGCAUGUAGAGAAAGAGAACAGAAAACGAACACUUACUCUCACAGCUCACUUGCUGACUCCUUCUCUCUCUCUCUUUAAAAACCCACCAGCCGCCACCUUCACCUCAUCACUCAUCUUCUUCUUCUUCUUUCUCCUCCAUCAUCACUUCCACUAAGGUUUAGGGUUUCAUCUGCAAUGACAACUCUCUUCACAACCAUCCAACCCACUUUCCUUUCCUCAAAAUCAACUGUGUUUUCUUCUUCAAAUCCUUCUCCUCUUCUCUUUCACUUCACCCCCAAGCCCUUCUUCAAAACCUCGAUUUCCUGCUCCCUCAACCACUCCACGCGCCCUCCUUACAUCCCCCACCACAUCCCCAAUCCCAACUACGUCCGCAUCUUCGACACCACCCUCCGCGACGGCGAGCAGUCCCCCGGCGCCAGCCUCACGUCCAAAGAGAAGCUCGACAUCGCGCGCCAGCUGGCGAAAUUGGGCGUGGACAUCAUCGAGGCGGGGUUUCCGGCGGCCUCCAAGGACGACUUCGAAGCGGUGAGGGUGAUCGCCAAGGAGGUCGGGAACGCCGUCGCGGAGGACGGCUAUGUUCCUGUGAUUUGCGGGCUGUCGCGGUGUAAUGAGAGGGACAUAAGGACCGCGUGGGAGGCCGUGAAGUACGCGAAACGACCGAGGAUUCAUACGUUUAUUGCGACGAGUGGCAUUCAUAUGGAGUAUAAAUUGAGGAAGAGCAAAGCAGAGGUCAUUGAAAUUGCGAGAAGUAUGGUUAAGUUUGCGAGGAGUUUGGGUUGUGAAGAUGUUGAGUUUAGUCCUGAAGAUGCUGGAAGAUCUGAGAGGGAGUUUUUGUAUGAGAUCUUGGGUGAAGUUAUUAAGGCCGGGGCAACAACACUUAACAUACCAGAUACUGUUGGUAUAACUGUGCCUACUGAAUUUGGACAAUUGAUUGCUGACAUAAAAGCCAAUACCCCUGGAAUCGAAAACGUUAUUAUUUCAACACAUUGCCAGAAUGAUCUUGGACUUUCUACUGCCAACACUAUAGCUGGGGCACUUGCAGGUGCUAGACAACUGGAAGUAACAAUUAAUGGCAUUGGUGAGAGAGCCGGAAAUGCUUCAUUAGAGGAGGUGGUAAUGGCUCUUAAAUGUCGUGGUGAGCAUGUAUUGGGAGGUCUCUAUACUGGAAUCAAUACUAGACACAUUGUUAUGGCAAGCAAGAUGGUAGAAGAGUAUACUGGGUUGCAUGUGCAGCCACACAAAGCUAUCGUUGGAGCUAAUGCUUUCGCUCAUGAAAGUGGUAUUCAUCAGGAUGGAAUGCUGAAACACAAAGGUACAUAUGAAAUUAUCUCUCCUGAAGAUAUAGGACUUGAACGAUCCAAUGAAGCUGGUAUUGUCCUUGGAAAGCUUAGUGGACGCCAUGCUUUAAAGGACCGGCUGAAAGAGCUUGGUUAUGAACUCAAUGAUCAGCAGCUUGGGAAUAUAUUCUGGCGUUUCAAAGCUGUAGCUGAACAAAAAAAGAGAGUUACUGAUGCAGACUUAAUAGCAUUAGUAUCAGAUGAAGUUUUUCAGCCAGAAGUUGUGUGGAAGCUUCUUGAUCUGCAGGUUACUUGUGGAACCCUUGGUCUUUCUACAGCAACUGUUAAGCUCAUUGGCGCUGAUGGGAAAGAGCAUGUUGCUUGUUCUGUGGGAACUGGGCCUGUUGAUAGCGCUUACAAGGCUGUUGAUCUCAUCGUAAAGGAACCAGUGACUCUUCUUGAGUAUUCAAUGAUUGCAGUUACUGAAGGCAUUGAUGCAAUAGCCACCACUCGUGUUCUAAUUCGUGGAGACAAUAAUCCCACAUCAUCAACUAAUGCUCUAACUGGUGAAACAGUUCAGCGAACAUUCAGUGGAACAGGAGCAGGAAUGGAUGUUGUUGUCUCUAGUGUCAAGGCAUAUGUUGCUGCUGUGAACAAGAUGUUAGGUUUUCAAGAUCAGUUGCCAUCCAACGUUUCUGAAGAAAGAACUCCCGUGUCUGCUUGAAAAGUGCGGAACUCCACCUGA